UGUUCGUAGUGAAACAAGAUUCGCAACAUCCCAUCCGCACAUCCGGAAACAAACAAAGGGGGGUGAAUGGUUGGGCAGGUGUGUCACUCUGUUCCACAUCAGGCCCCAUGGCUCACAGUGUCAGGAGAGAUGCCCCUGAGCUCCCUGACUUCUCUCUGCUCAAGAGGCUGGCCAGGGACCAGCUCAUUUACCUACUGGAACAGCUACCUGGGAGGAAGGACCUGUUCAUUGAGGCAGAUUUGAUGAGCCCCCUGGACCGCAUUGCUAAUGUCACAACACUAAAGCAACAUGAUGUGGACAAGCUUUACAAAGUGGAACACAAACCCAUUGUCAGCACCUCAGAUCAACUAUGCUUCCUGAUCCGUCCAAGAAUAAAAACUGUCAAGUGGAUAUGUGAUGUGGUCAAUGCAGACAAAGCAUUUGGGAGAUUCAGAAGAUAUAAGAUCAUAUUUAGCCCUCAGAAGUUUUAUGCAUGCGAGAACCUUUUGGAGGAGCAGGGAAUCUUUGGUGAUGUGACUACUGACGAGUGGUCAUUCUACCUCCUGCCCCUGGACGAUGACAUCAUUAGCUUGGAGCUUCCGGAAUUCUUCAGAGACUACUUCUUGGAGGGAGACCAGCGCUGGGUGAGAACAGCGGGUAGUGCCCUGCAUCUCCUACACUCUGUCUACGGCCCCUUCUCUAAGGUGUAUGGGAUCGGACGAUGCUCCAAGAUGGCGUAUGAAUCGUGGAGAGAGCAGGUGGAGGAGGGGGAACAGAGAGCGCGUCAAGCGGAGAUCGGAAAUGUGUUUCUCAUUGACAGAGAUGUGGACCUUGUGACUCCUCUGUGUUCCCAGGUUGUCUAUGAAGGACUUGUCGAUGAUAUUUUCAGAAUUAAAUGUGGAUGUGUGGAGUUUUGUCCAGAUGUCACCUCCUCUGACAAGAGUAUAAAAGUGAUGCUAAACUCUCAAGAUAAGGUUUUUAAUGAGAUCAGGAACGAGCAUUUCUCCCAGGUGUUUGGCUUCCUAAGUCAAAAGGCCCGAAACCUCCAGACUGCAUAUGAUAAGCGUAGUGGAAUGGACAUUAAACAGAUGAAGACGUUUGUGUCGGAGGAGCUGAAAGGGUUAAAACAGGAGCAUCGGCUCCUCAGUCUGCAUAUUGGUGCCAGUGAGUCGAUGAUGAAGAAGAAAACGAAGCAGGACUUCCAAGAGCUGUUGAAGACAGAGCACUCCUUACUGGAGGGGUUUGAAAUCCGUGAAUGUAUUUCCUACAUAGAGGAGCAUAUCAAUAGACAGGUCUCUAUGGUGGAAAGUAUGAGACUCCUUUGUCUGCUGUCUCUCACAGAAAACGGCCUCCUUCCCAAAGAUUAUCGGUCAUUAAAAGCCCAGUUUCUACAGAGUUAUGGCAUUGAACACCUACUGACGUUUUCCAACCUGAAGCAGCUAGGCCUGCUGGUGGAGCAGCAGCCUGGAGAGACCCUCACUGUCAUGGAGAGCAGAGUGGGCAAACUGGUCAACGACAAAACCGCAGGAAAGCUGACUGAUGCCUUCUCCUCCCUGGCCAAGAAGAGCAAUUUCCGUGCUUUGGGCAGGAGGCUCAAUCUGGUGCCCAAGUCAGAUGAAGAGUAUGACCUCCGUGUCCCUCGAGACAUGGCCUAUAUCUUCAGUGGAGCCUACAUUCCUUUGAGCUGCAAACUCAUCGAACAGGUAUUGGAGCGUGAUGGCUGGACAGGGCUCGAGGAAGUCACCCGCAUGCUCAACGGACAUGAAUUUGCAGUCACAGGCAAGACAACAGGUAGUAACGGAUCAGACGCAAGGGUGAAGACCGAUUCCCAGCGUAUCAUCCUAGUCAUGUUCCUGGGUGGGUGCACCUUCUCAGAGAUCUCAGCACUACGCUUCCUGGGCAGAGAGAAAGGUCUUAAAUUCAUUGUGGUGACAACAGCUAUCACAAACAGUGCCAGACUUCUGGAGUCUAUGUUGGACAACCAUGCAUGAGUCCUGGGGUCUUUCUAUCAUUGCCAAUGGAAGCAUCCAGCUUGUGGUCCAAGACAUCAUGGGGACACAUACAGAUGACAUUUUGGACAAUUUGCAUCAACAAUAUGACAACAAGCUACAUGCUUGCACCUGUUAUUCAGAGUCUUGUAUUGGAAGCAGUCACUGUCUAGGAUAGAUCUGAUUCAUAAAAAAAAUGAUUGACGUUGGAAUAUAUUCCAUCAUAGUGCUAUACCAACUGCAAAAGGUGUACAAAGAAUGUUUUUUUCUGUCCACAGUACAAAAUAAAUAUUGUUUUAUUUGUUGUCUGUGAUUUAUAAUAAAUUAUAUUUAUGAAUCUUA